CAACCUAAACACACUCGCACCACUCCAACCUAAACACACUCGCACCACUCCAACCUAAACACACUCGCACACACUCCAACCUAAACACACAUUCGUGCCGCACGUGUAUAAUACGCGUUCGCGUGUUUAUUAUAUACGCCUCGACGUGUGCCGCCUGGGAGGCGCGGUGUCAGUGUUCAAUGAUGAUGAUGAUGAGACGUGAACCAUCAUGAAUAUGCAUGUUGAACUUCUUUCGCACCGUACGUAGCCAACCACCGUGCUAAUCGGAGGUGUGAACUUGAAUUUCCACCGCAUGUGCUCUCUGUCGUCACCAACGCGCACUGAAGUAUGGUCAGGGAAGGGGCCAUCAUCCAGCAGUGGAUUGACAAUUACAUUGUAUACUGUACGCCUGCGACAAUCGUACGCCACACGUUAUAUAACAUGACAUGGUAUAUAACAUGACAUGUAUAACAUGACAUUCAUAAUAACAUGUCAUGUUAUAUAACAUGACAUUAUAUAACGUGACAUGUUAUAUAACAUGACAUAUAACGUCAUGUUAUAUACCAUGCCAUAACAUGACAUGUUAUAUAACAUGACAAGUUAUAUGACAUGGUAUAUAUCGGUGUUGUGUCCGUUAAGAAAAACGUCGAUAUCUUUCCUCUGGGUGUAAAAACAAACCCCGAUGUUGCUAUACAUAUAUCCCGUUAUUCAUCGUGCAAGUUCCGUGGUGCAUUGUAAUUGAACUGCGUACGAUUGUUACACGUAACAGCCCUUUUGUCAAUGCACUGCUGGAUGAGGGCCUCCAUAGGCCGUGCGGGUUGUGGAGGCUGUUUGGCCAUACUUCAGCACGCUGGUCACUGCAAGUUGACUAAGUCGGGCAGCAGAACAUUAUGUAGGAACAUUAUGCUGUCGUUCCACAUGUUCCACAAUGACACGUGUAAACAGCACAGUGGCAUACUUUGUACAUUGUAGUACAGUCACAUUGACAGUGUAUGUACUAUAUUACACAUCAACACGCAGACGUAACGGCUUAACCUGUAGGUAUACACGUUACUCGAUAAAGCGUUGCUAUUUGUGCAAUUGUACGUUGCAAAUCCUGUAUUAACACCACACUGUGCACGAACAUUUACAGUAUGUAAAUAACGAUACGCGUACUACGACAUGACAUGUUCAAUUAAAUCACGAGGAAUGCGUCUGAUAUCGUCAGACCUCGGAAGCAAAGCAGUUCGAGACUGCAUCGUGUUUGGAUGAGCAACCAUCACUCAUAAGACCAACAACCCACGUUGACCAGCAGUGGAUUGAUAGAAGAUAAUGUACACGCAUUGCACACGUAUUUGGCACAGACUGACUCACUCCCGCAUGACGCACGCAGACAUCAUAUCCUGUGCACAUAUGUAGCGUGCACACACUCCUGUGCUGUACGGACCAUAGGGCAAAUCAUUGCAGGAGCAAGCGUCAGCUGUUAGGUGACGAAUGCUGGGAUAUCAACACCGCGCCUUUUGCUAUGCACGUGGGAAAGCCAUCUUGCUUCAGUGUGAUAAAACCUCGAAAAAAAACCAGGCACAUUUGUUAAAAUCUUCAAACAUUUGUACUGUCCGCCACCUGAAAUGGCCAGGUGUGCGUUUACGGACAUAUUGCCCACACUGGAGAGAUAAAGAUCUCCACCGGCCAUUGGUGUCGUGGGAUAAGGUUCCUUCGUCCUUCUUGUCCACCACAAGCGUCCACAUGCAAAAAAGAGAGGGCAGCUCGCCCAAGCGGAGUCGCUUGUCAGUGGACAGCGCUGGCACGGGCAGCAACAGCGUCCCCAAGGACAGUGAUGCCCCUCGUGAAGAACGGAGAAAAGUUGAUGCUCAAGUCCGCCCCACACCGGGCAACAUGUACAGGAAGUGGAGUCACUGCCGGUGGUGGAAAGGUAUGGAGGACAGGAGCAGCAAUGCGGACGUGUUGGGCCUCCGCAACCAGAUGGCCUUCAGUGUGAUGACCUACAACAUCCUGUCGCAGACAUUGCUGGAGGACAAUGCCUACCUGUACCGCCACUGUAACCGCAGCGUGCUGGAAUGGGCCUACCGCUUCCCCAACCUGAUCCAGGAGAUCGAACGGUUCAAUGCAGAUGUACUGUGUCUGCAGGAGGUGCAAAAGGACCAUUACAUCGAUCAGUUGAAGCCUCAUCUCAUCAAACUGGGCUACAGCUGCCACUACAAGAUGCGCACUGGCGAUAAGAACGAUGGCUGCGCCAUCUGCUUCAAGAGGUCGCGCUUCUCCCUGCGCUCGUGGCACGCGGUGGAGUACUACCGGCCCGGGGUGUCAUUAAUGGACCGAGACAACGUGGGCACCAUCGCCGUGCUCCAGCCACUGCCCCAAGAGGGUACAAGUUCAGCACCCUAUGCACAAUUUCCCCCGAGUGUCUGCAUUGCCAACACACAUCUCCUCUUCAAUCCCAAAAGGGGGGACAUCAAGCUUGCCCAACUGGCCCUGCUGCUCGCCGAGAUUGACAAAGUGUCGGACGGCGGCCGUUUGCCGGUGCUGCUGUGCGGGGACUUCAACAGCGUGCCCGGCUCACCGCUGUACCACUUCCUACGCCACGGAUACCUCCACUACCACGGCCUACCUGCCUGGAAGGUGUCAGGGCAGCAGGAGGUGUACCAGACAAAUCAUCGUCUGCUGCAAGCCCCGCUUUGGCCUCAAACACUCGGCGUGUCUCCGUUCUGCCAGUACAUGGAGGUGAGCAAACCUCAAGCAGCCCAACAAGCCAAGCCGGUCCAGCCGCCAGAGUCGGCACAACGAGCGUCACCGCCGGCCAGCUUGGGUACCACAUCCACCACUGCGCUGGAAGAGCGGACAGCAGCUCCAGCUGUAGCCAGCAACCAACUAACGGCAGCACCUUCAGGGAACGCCCCAUGUGGACAUUGUCCCACAUCCGAAGGCGGAUCACGUUCUCAUACUAAUCCCAGCCCUUUCCCUAAGGCGAUCCAGCACAGGAUGAGCUUCAACUCUGUAUACUCACACUUCGUCCCAGAGGAAAACCUAAUGGAGGCGACCAUCUGCACAUCCACAACAGGAGUCACAGUGGAUUACAUUUUUUACACAUGUCCGAGUCCAUCACCCUUCAAAGGCCAGCGCUGGAGGGAGGCAGGCAGCCGGUGUUCGGGCUUUGGCUGGCGGCUGAGGCCUCUUUCGCGCCUCACCCUGCUCACGUUGCCGAAGAUCUGGCAGCACAAGGGGCUCCCCAAUGAGGCGGCGCCUUCCGACCACCUGCCCCUUCUCGCCAAAUUUGCCCUCGAGUUCUAACCCCCCUCACUGCCCACCAGCUGCUAUCAAUAUUGAUUGCUGGAGAAAUCUCUUGGGCAGGAAUGGGCAUGCCCACUACGAUGUAUGAGGCUCAUCUGGACGUCGUUUUUAACUCUGGUCGACGUCUAACACUCCUCUUACUCCAUUUCCACUGGCAUAUCCGAGCCGAGCCAGCGCGGGGCCCUCACGGUAUGGGUGGUUUUCCACUGGCUUUUUGAUGACCUGAGCAAGCAAGAACCAAACAAUGCUACGCUAAGUAUCGCAAGACAUCUGACUUGGGGGCCAAGCAGGGCCAGCGGAAGAUCUAUCGAUGCAUUUUUUUGCAUAUAACUGAAGACAGACCGUUGCCUCAUCUUCUACAUGCAUCUCCACUCGCUCCUUGUGUGUGAUGUCAGCUGCACGGCUUUGCUUCAAGAGUGGAAACAGAAAUCGGUGCCUCCUGAGUCACGCUGGGCUGGCUUUGUGUGGCCAUUGUGCGGUUGUCCAGUGGGAAAAAGGUAUUAGUAGGCAGCAGGCAACAUUCACAGUGGAGUGUUCUACCUCACUGUUUGCCAUUCAAGUUUUGCUCACAGUGUCUCUGCAAUGGUCAAAUUAUGAGCUUAAUCAGUGCCCCUCCCCCCACCGCCAAAUUCAAACCUAUGUGAAGCCUCUACCAAACGUUGCCGGUCGCUCACUGGCUGCAUGAACAUAUCUUUUUGUUUUGUUUUCUGGAAGACUUAGAGGUGGAAAGCAAAAGCCAUGGAAUGUUUUAAAUGCACAUCAUUGUCAACAAAAACGGCCAUACCUAGCAACAUGAUUUGUUUCAAAUAUGAAAUGGCACUUAAACAUAAUGAAAAGGAUAAUUUCCUAAAAAAAGACAACAAGAAUCCUACUCAUCAAUGUUUAAGUUAUGUCUUCCAUUUCUUCAUACUUAAGAAAUACUUUCCCUUUACUUUUCGUUGUCUGUGGUUGCAUUUUAAGUUGUUCACCGUACUGUUCACGUCUCCCCCAGUGAGUAGUGUGCAGUAUUGCCACAAGUGCUUAGCUGUUCAUAAAACACAGUGACUACAAAGCCACAGUUUAUACACCCUGCAUAACACAGACUUAAAGCAUUUCAUUGAAAGGUCAGAGUAGACAACAAGAGGGCUUAAAGUCAGUGGAGUGAGUGUACCUCCUGCACUCCUUUGAAAUUACUGUUUGUCCUCUACAUAAGAAAAUUGAACCAUGACUGAAAAUCUAUUGGACGAUAACUUAACGGCUUUGUCCCAUGGGAAUUCUACCUCCUACAGUACAGGAGAAUAUAGUUCCUUACAAAUUAAAAAAAGAGUUCUGUGUAUUAGAAGUUAGCAGCACGCUCCAUAUCACAAAACCAGCCCGACCUUGUAAACAAUUUACGUGAUGUACAGCUUUGCAGAAUUGUAAAUGGAAAGCUUGUUUAUAAUGUACUACACAGCACAUUUUUGGGGGCUUCGGUUGGAUUCAAACCGGUGACUCAUAUGUAUGUGUGUUGAACUUCUUUCACACCGUACAUAGUCAACCGUGCUAAUCGAAUGUGCAGGGGAAGAAUAACAAACGAAACACAAAGCAAACUCAACUAUAGGCAAACAUGUUUAAUUUCGAUAACAUUCAUGGGCCAAUUAUCUAUGAAACUACAAAUAGACUUUGGCUUAGCAAUCACUAUUUCCCACCCUCCCAUGCACCAGAGUUUGUGUGGGAGGGCAUGGGAAGAGUUGACGUGAAUCGCUGUCACGUACUACUGGCUUUACAAGCGCUCCCAUGUCUUCUGUGCCGACCAAAGCCUAUCACAAGGUAGUUCAUUAUUACACAGAUAUUAAAAAGCAACCUUUGGGAACACAUGGGUAUGGGUAGCUGGCUGGACUUAUUGUCCUAUGUGACUGAACAAUACAGGAUUUCUGCAGAAGCAUCGUUGAGCUCAUGCCUCUAAAGAUUUGCUAUCGGAUGAACACGAAAUGAGGAAUUGUAUUCCACUUAAAAUGUUAUUGUUAUUAAAGGGGGUGUCUGUGCUUCUUAUUGGAUUAAUCGUGCAUGUCUGGUUUACAAAUGGAAUAGCUCAUGGAGCUGUAACAAGGCAGAAAAAUCCAGUUCUAUUGUAAUGUCUUGGCAUUGCAAUUAUUGUUUUAGUUCUGAGUUAUUACAGUGUGGGGCAAUUACACUCACUUCGAGUGCUAAUUGGGACAUUAUUCCACUCUAAUAAUCCUCUUGACUUGUAUUGAUCAACAAAUUCGAUUCCAAGAGACUUACUGGAUGCAUUGCUGGAGUUUCAAACUGCAGGGUUCGUCUGUGGAAAAUGGUUUAGGAGGCUCGGUGUGAGAUGUGCUAAUGGAAGUAGCGUUUCUGUUCUGCUUUAAUUCCAAGCAGUUAUCUGUGUUUGAUAUUUAUCCAAAAUUCAUUUGUUCAUUUGCUUGAGUUGGGGGGUGAGGGGGUCUCCUUGGAACAUAACAGGAGUGUGUAACAUUGUUCACACAUCUUGGCAUUAUUCACUGCUAUUUGUGCCUGUAAUCUUUAACGUCUAGCAAGGAAAUCAUCUUAAAAUAGAGUGAAAAUGUCUGUACAAAUAUUAGGAUAGAAGCCACGCAAUUUGGCAGCUAAUCACCAUGCAAUAUCUUUUGUAGCCAAUUAAGGAGACUCGUAUAACAAUGUAUUGAGUUAAAUCUUGACUUAAAGCUUUCGUGACUGCAUUAAUUCAUAUUCUUUGGGUUUUUCGGUAAAUGUUUUUUUUGUUCUACGUGACUUUACCGAAAAACCUAAAGAAAAUAUAUUGAGUUACCAUGGUUAUUCGGGGUCCUGGUUUUGUUAUGUGGCCAUAUUUACAAAACACCAGCAAUUUGGCUCCAAAGGUUUUCUUUUCAAAUGAACAAGAAUGUGUUUUUGACAGUAGUAAGUGCAGUAAACAAUUUUAAAAGUGGAAUGUAUCUAAAUGUAGAUGCGCUCCAAGUAGAACCAGCACGUGUAAGUCAGGGUCAUGGCAGAAAACCCAUUGAGUAUUUUUUUUUUUAAAGUUGACUAUGCCAAGUGUGUAACAUAUGUGGGUCAUAUGGAGGAGAAGGACGUUGUGGUUGUUUAUGUAUAUAUGUCUGUUAGCAAUGCAACUGACUGACAAAUUGGUGAUAUGUUUAUAUAAGAUGAGCAAUAGCUUAGUUUUUUUGAAAGUUAUUUUUGUCUUUACAUUCUUUAAGAAGUGUGCGUUCAAACAAUGUAUGGAACAAAGUAAAAUCACAUUGCCAUGUCAAUUUCAAAUCCCAAAUUGCAUUUUUACUUUGUAAUCUCUUAACAGGUCAUGGAAAUAAAAUGUCGUCCUUAUACCUUGGCAAACUGACAAAGCACAUUGGUGAAUUUUCAAAUUUUAUAAAUAAUCUCACAACCUCAUACCGCGUGUUGUUUGGCAGUGGUGCACGGAUGACACGAAUUUGUUGAGUUUUGUUGUUUAUACUGCAAUUAGCCAUUUAGUGUCGCUAAUUUCAGCAUUUCUACUCUCCCUACAAAAAAGGAACACGAAGUGUAAUAAGGCACUGGGUGGAGUUUCUUAAAGGGUCGUUGAUAAUGUCUGGCCACUCCACCGUAAUUGUGGCAUCUUGUCAACACAGACUUGACGUGAAAAGCAUUUUGGCGUGUGAAGACAACAUUGUGAAUCCGUUUGUGCACACCAAGGUGCAGUAUCAUUAAAGAACAAUAGCAACGGUUAGAUGCGAUUUAGCCUUUAAGGGGCAGUUUAGGACCUAUUUAAUUUGGUUUAGAAUGGUGUUUUUUUACACUAGUUCAAUGUGAACUUGUGCUACGGUGUUUUAAUUUUGUCUUUGUUAGGAAUGAUGUAUUGUUUGUAUGGGGCAAUUUUAAAGUUCAAAACCCGAGUGCAGAAGUUAAUGAUACAUCUGUAUUAGUCUCUGGAUAUUAUUGCAUUUAAUCGUCACUGGAUAAUUAUUAAAAAUCUGUACAAGCAGUUAACUUGAAAGUAGCUCUAUCAGUGAUUUUCAUAAGUGUAUAGGGGACGUAGUUUACUUUCUUAAAACGCUAAAUUAUCAUUGUGACGUGGGGUAAAACAGUUGCAAACUAAUAUUCUGUACAGUGCAGCAUGCCAUACAUCAUUGAAUUCAUUCUUUGGUUUGUGAGAUAAAUGUGAUUUUUAAAAAAUGUUUUAGUCAAGUUAUUGAAAAUAAGCAUAUCACGUGCCUAAAGUCACCCAAGGUAUAUGCUACGUGGGUUUGAAAUGAGGUUUAAAGGCACAGAGGGAGAUCAGAGGGAAAAAAAAGCUGUCAGCCUGUGCUCUCUGAUGCCUGCAGUCUUUAAAGCCCUCUUGGUGAUCUGGAUAUGCCACGUCUGUCCGUUCACGUCGACUUUUAACUUGUGAGGACAUCUCCACCCUCAUAUUCCAUCGUUGGUUAAAACCCACACGAAUGAACGCGGUUCUGGCUCCAGUGUGUUACAAGUUACAACAUGCACCAAUUAAUUGUUGUGAGAGCUGUAUAGAUUGAGGGAACAAUCUUGACCGUUAAAGUUUACAUUGAAUGUUUUAGGAGCUUUAACAGGUUUCACAAUUUUAUCUUUAUAAUACUUGGAUGCCAGUGACCAGAUAUAAUGGACAAACUAUCGUCUAAUGUAUUGCACAAUUACCGUUCAUUCUUUAACAAGUUGAGACUUUCAAAUUACUUGUGCAUGUUGAUUUGUGCCUCAUUUUUUUAUUAAACUUGUUGCUAUGUUUAAAUAAAAAGGUGAAGUUAAGCAUACGUUAUUCUUCAUUGACGUGCUUAACGGACUGUUGUAUUUCUCCCAACUCAUCCCAAAUCUAAUACUGUAUUAUUUCCAUGUAUAUUUCCAUGUAAAGCGCAUCUAAAGAAAUGUAAUUAUGCAUUGCAAAAGUAACUAGUUCCAAAUAAGAGCCAUGGAUGCCUUAACGAUUUAACUUAAAAUGCAGAGUUGUAGCACAAUGGGUUCGGCCACGUCAUAGUUUUAUGCCACCCAAUUAAGAUUUUCACAUUGACAAAGAUGUUGUUUAUACGCGCCCACGCAUUAAUUGUAAUUCUAACCCAAUAAAGCUGCUCGCCAGUU